GGCUCCAGGGGCGGUGCGUGGGGCCGGGCCGGGGCGGUGCUGCCCUACGGGGCCAGGAGCAGGGGAGCCCAGGGCAGCUUCAGCCAUGGCAGAGGGGUCGGAGAAGGUGCCCAUCGCCAGAGCGGGGCCCGAGGAUGUGGAGCAGUGCCUGCCGCCCGCAUACACGGCGGCAGUGCCCCCUCCGGGGCCAGGGCGGCUGCUGAAGGCAGGGGCUGCGGUGCUCAUCGCCGGGGCCCUCCUGCUCCUGGCCGGGGCCAUCGGCGCCUUCUACUUCUGGAAAGCCACCGAGCGGCAGGUGUACAACGUUCACUAUACCAUGAGCAUUAAUGGGAAAGUACAAGACGGAUCGAUGGAAAUAGAUGCUGGCAACAACUUGGAGACAUUCAAAACGGGAAGCGGGAGCGAGGAGGCUGUUGAAGUCCAUGAUUUUCAGAUCGGCAUAACCGGCAUCCGCUUUGCCGAAGGGGAGAAGUGUUACAUCAAAGCCCAGCCAAAGGCUCACGUCCCCGAGGUGGAUGCUAUGACCAAGGCGAGCCUCUCCUCCGACCUGGAAGAUGAAAUCAUGCCGGUGAGAUUUGAUGAAAACUCCCUUAUCUGGGUGGCUGCGGAUGAACCUAUCAAGCACAAUGGCUUCCUGAGCCCCAAAAUUUUAGAGCUCUGGGAUCUUCCGAUUUUCUGGCUUCGACCUACAUAUCCCAAAGAUAAACAACGGGAAAGGAGAGAAAUGAAGAGAAACAAACGCCAAUCAGAACCAACCUUUAACGCAGAAGACUUGGAAGCUGCUGUUGAAGAGGCGAACACCAGGCCGCCCACCACCCAGCUGACCCCAGAGCUGGAUCAGCAGUCGAAUGAAACCAGGCCGGUGGGACAGGAGACCGAUGUCGGACCAGAGAGCGACCAAACGCUCAAUCCCGACAACCCAUACAAUCAACUGGAAGGGGAAGGGAUGGCUUUCGACCCCAUGCUGGAUCACCUAGGCGUGUGCUGCAUCGAGUGCAGGCGGAGCUACACGCAGUGCCAGAGGAUUUGCGAGCCCCUCCUGGGCUACUACCCGUGGCCCUACAACUACCAAGGCUGCCGUACCGCCUGCCGAAUCAUCAUGCCCUGCAGCUGGUGGGUCGCUCGCAUCAUGGGUGUCGUGUGAGAAAAGGCUUUCGGUUCCCUGACAAAACAAGCAGAAAGAUUACAAGGACAAACUGGUAAAAGACUACGACCAAAGGGGCAUCGCCAGCCCUGGCUCUGAAAUCGAAGCGUGUGUUACUGUACCAAAAGCGAGGUCAGUUACUCAGUGUAAAUAAAAUCUUAAAUUAAUAGUUCAUUAGCUUUGCCAAUGGCAAGUGUACGCUAGCAUUUACUGAAUUCAAAAACCAAGCAUUGCCUGUUUUGGGACAUCUAACUUUGCUCACAAACUGGUUUAGCAGUCUAGGAGCUUGCUCAUAAAUCCAAAUUCAGCCCUUUCGUAACAAAACCCUCCGAGCUAGCUGUGAAAAUUUAUGUCCAAUUAGGCAACUGGCUAAACUUGUACACUCGGGAGCACCUUUCAUCCGCGGAGCUUCGUUAAAUAAAUCACAAGUUAAGUUGCUCCCUGUUGCUAUUCGCAGCGAGCUGCCAGGUCAUUAUGGAUGGUUAUACCCCAAUUACAGCAUACCUUUCCCACAAAGCUGCUGCAGGGGCCGCGCAUUGUGCUAGGUCGGAAACCAGCGGCAGGAAAAGGGGCUGUGGAAGGGAACCGUGCGUGGCCGGGGAACCAAAACCCCUCGCACAGCCCGACAUCAAAGCCGCCCCGGCAGCAGGAAUCUUGUAUCCACGACACCGCGGCGGUGGCUAACAACUAUCUGCUCUCCAGCGACUACGGCGCGAAGUAUUUACACGCAGUUGCAGGCCAAAGAGUCUCAAGACCCUUCAGAGCCUACAAGAGGCGCUGUAUUUAUAAAUCCUCGAACUAGACACUUCUGACACAAGAUUACAACCCCUCUUUAUUCCGCUUAGAUAGCGGCCAUUCAUGCCAGCUCUGCUGAAGCCAACCUCUGUUCCCCACAAGAGAAAGUGCUUACCAGUAAUCAAGAAAGAAAGAAAGAAAGAAAGAAAAAAAAAAGCUUUCUAGCUUCACCCUUAUUGCUCAGGCAAACCCUGUAAUUAUUGGGACUGAUCCUAUUAUAUAUUAAAUCUCUAAGGAAGGUACUAAGCUGAAACACUCGUGAAGGCAGUGCGACUUAGGAUUCCCAGUCUUUGAAAACAGAAAUAGAGGUAUUACACUGCUUUCAUCCUUAUUCACCCCAUAUCAAACCCUACCACUGAGUUUACGGAGCCAUCUACGUGGGCUUCACGAACAGGAGGGUCCCAUUUUCUCUAAAUUUGCCUUCUGGAGCUCUCAUUUUUUUGACUAAACAGCUCUCGAAAUGUUGCAAGCCUGGUAAUGUUAUUAACACUGCAUGACACAGAAAAGAGGAAUUAAUUUGACAUAAUCGUGGCUUAAAGAAAAUAAAGACAACCUCAUGCAGCAUGCUAAACAGCGUAUCGAAAAAGCAAAGUGUUAAAUGAGAAACGAUGAGAAUAGAAUUCAGUAUUUUGUUCUAUUGUAACUCCUUUUUUCAUGUAAGCUUCACCUUAAUCUCAAGAAAAGACUUGCUUUGAAAUAUUUAAAUUUAAAAACUUCUUAGAGUGGGAUUUCAAGGCCUGUUAAUUUUUUUUUUCUUUUUAAAAUGAAAAUGACCUUGAUCGUUAUGUUUUUUUAGAAGAACAUCAUUCAAUAUGCUUAGAUUUAUUUUUUUUUAACGCAGAUUAAACGGAUACAUUAAAAACAG